AUGAAGUUGAGUCAGGCACGCUAUCUUCGCCGCCGACAGCAGGCGCUUCAAUCGGCUCUGAGUGUCGCUGUCUUUGUUUUUAGCCUGGUCUCCCUCGUCAGUGUCAGCGCUGGGAAUCCGGUCACAUGCACUAGUGGCGAUGGUUUUGUUGCAGCGAUUCUGAAAUCUCAGUCAAAUUCUUUUGUAUUUCAGUGCCCCGAGGACUCUACCUUUUUUCCAGAAAUCGGGACUAAGAAGUUCUGCACCACUUCCUCAUGUUCUACAACAGCGGAUUUGGACAAGUCUUUCAUGACUCUCCAGCCAACAAAACCCACGUUAUCUGCAUCUCUCGACCCACAAAUUAACAACCCAUCUCAAACAACAAUCACGUUAACAGCCCCCCAAGCAAACUCUAGUACCCUGUAUUUCCUUUGCAAGAAAUCAACAGGUGACGGGUUAACGUCCACGAUUGGCGCAGAGCAAGAAUCACAGAGAGAGACAACAUGCACACUUCAGGUCUCCGCGUGGGGUUCAAACACGGUCGCUGUGACUCCAGGACGUGAUUGCGGCGACAGCAUGACCUUGUCACCUGCCAACUUCGAAAAGGCCUUCCAAGGAACGAACUGCAGCACAGAAGACGACUUGAAUUCACUUGGCCUCCCGAACGCCGCCCUCGUGGAAGGCGACUCAGCGACAAGCGACAGACCAGCGUACACAUUCUCUGUGUCAAGUUUGCCGCAACCGAAUCCAGUAAGCAUCUGCUACAAGUGCACGAAGGGUUCCGUGAAUCUACGAGAGGUCUCGAAUGAAUGUACAGUACGAAUCCGAGUGCCGGCUGCACAAUCUGACCAGCCAGGCGAAGAAGAGCAUGCGGACGGGGAAACUGACGGAACUCAAACCUCUACAGAACAGACAUCGACAAGCGGCGCGGAGAUCCUGGACCUCCGUGCAGCUGUAUCGGCUCUAUAUUUUUCUUGCCUCAUUGGUGUAGCUGCCGCAUUUGCCUGA